CUCCAAAUGCAUGCAUCCUCACGCCACUUAGGACUGAGUGAAUUGCAGCAUCUCCGACGUCGCCGAGCACAACCGAGCUGAUUUGCAUGUCGGCUGAAACUUUGACACAUUCACGCAUAACCACCAUGAGCAGUCAUCGUUCGGGGUAGAUCACUUGACCACCUUCAGAAGAGCUUCGCUACAGGUAGGUAUUUAGACCACCUUUUCCUUGCUAACUCUUUAAGUUUUCACUUACCCCGUUGCCAAAUAGCACCUCUUCAUCAAGCCCGCCCCCCCCCCCCCCCGCCGCCGAGACGCCCUUCACCACCACAAUCACUUUUAGCACCACAAACACUACAUCUCACUAUCAAAAUGUCUACCGGCAACUUCAAAUUCGAAAACAAGGGCCACAACUGGGUCCAAAACGACGUUUGGACCGCCGUCGACGGCUACACCAUGGGCCAGCUCCACCCCUCCAGCAAGCCCAACGCCUCAGCCCUCCAAAACGCCCUUGAUGCCUCUAAAGCCGCCGGCCUGCCCGACAUCUCGGCCUCUCCGGCUCAGAGCAAGUUCAUGGCUCUCCAGUGCCGCGUCUUGGGCGUCACACACGCCCUCGAGGUCGGCACUUUGGGCGGCUACUCGGCCAUCUGGCUCGCCAGCGAGAACCCGCAAAUGAAGCUUACCACUGUGGAGUUUGACCCCCACCACGUUGAGGUGGCGCGCAAGAACAUUGAGUACGCGGGUUUGUCGGACAGAAUCGAGGUUAUUCAGGGAUCAGGAUUGGAGGUGUUGAACCAGCUGAAGAAGGAGAUCGAAGAGGGCAAGAGGCCCAAGUUCGGCUUCUUCUUUAUCGAUGCCGAUAAGCCAAAUAACCUCAACUACUUCAACUUGGCGGUGGAAAUGGCGCUGCCCAAGGCCAUGAUUUGCGUGGACAACGUGGUGCGCGGAGGCAGGCUGAUUGAUCAGAGCUUGACGGAGCCCAGGGAGACGGCGGGCAGGAUUCUGGUCGAGGGAGUGGCCAAGGACACGAGGGUUGAGUCGGUGGUCAUGCAGACUGUGGGCGAGAAGAGCUACGAUGGAUGUCUUUGGGCCAUCUUGAAGACAGAUGCUUGAAAUACCUACCUAUAAUUGGGAGUUGAAGUGUACGAUGUUAUGAGUCAUGACAGUGGUGGGGGACUUAUCAAGCACUCGAUUAAAUAGUAUGCUGCAAUGAAAAGGAACCGUUACAUGUCGCCUUGAA